AUGGACGGGACGGAGACAGGAGCUUACUGGGAGGUUACCGGUUUGUACUGGGACAAACUGGGAUCCUCUGACCUCCCAGGCUCCAGGGGGCGCUGUGAGAUCCGCCUGCAGCCCCUGGUGGCCGGGGUAGAUCCCUGCAAGGAUCCGCUGGGAUUCCUCAGCCCCCAGCUGGGCGGGGCCGGGGGCGGGGCUUACGAGGGCGGGGCCAGAGCCCCAGGAUCCUCCGGAACCGGAUCGGGAUCCUCCGGGAAUCUGGGAUCUUACGGAACCGGAUCCUCCGGGAAUUCGGGAUUCUACGGACGCGGAUCAGGAUCCUCCGGGAAUUUGGGAUCUUACGGAACCGGAUCAGGAUCCUACGGACCUGGAUCCGGACCUUACGGCGGCGGAUCCGGACCCUACGGACCUGGAUCCGGAUCCUACGGACCUGGAUCAGGAUCCUCUGGGAAUUUAGGAUCCUACGGAGCUGGACCGGGAUCCUUCGGAAGUUCGGGAUCCUUUGGACGUGGACCCGGAUCCUACGGACCUGGACCCGGACCUUACGGUGGUGGAUCCGGACCUUAUGUUGGUGGAUCCGGAUCCUAUGGACCCGGAUCGGGAUCCUUCGGAAAUCUGGGAUCCCACGGACCCGGAUCCGGACCCUACGGAGGGAUAUUUGGACCCUAUGGACCUGGAUCGGGAUCCUUCAGAAAUUCGGGAUCUCCCAGCCGUGGACCUGGACCCUACGGAGGCAGAUCGGGAUCCGUCGGGAAUUCGGGAUCCUACGGGAGCAGCUCGGGAUCUCCCGGCGGAUCCGGCUCAUCCCAAAUGGGGGAAAACCAUUCGGGAUCAUCUCCUGGGGGGAGCGGAUCCGGAUCAGGAAAACCGGGAUCCCCCGGAAAACCGGGAUCUCCUGGGGGAAGUGGAUCGGGAAAACCGGGAUCCCAAGGAGGACACGGAUCCGGAUCGGGAUCAUCCGGGACUGGAUCAGCGUCUGUGAGACCCACAUCCCAAAGCGGAUCCGGAUCGGGAAAACCGGGAUCUACUGGAAAACCUGGAUCCCAAGGGAGUGGAUCGGGAUCAUCCGGGACCGGAUCGGCAUCCGUGAAACCCACAUCCCAAAGCGGAUCCGGAUCGGGAAAACCAGGAUCCCAAAGCGGAUCCGGAUCGGGAAAACCAGGAUCCCAAGGGGGAAGUGGAUCCGGAAAACCGGGAUCCCAAGGGAGUGGAUCCGGAACGGGAAAACCUGGAUCGGGAUCCUCCGGAACGGGAUCAGCCUCGGUGAGACCCCCAUCCCAAAGCGGAUCCGGAAAACUGGGAUCUUCGAGCGGAUCGGGCUCCCGGGGUGGAUCGGGAUCCUGUGGGGGAUCCCGGGGUGGAUCCCAAGGAAGCAGCUCGGGAUCUCAGGCGGGAUCCCGCCCCACCGGCGCCACCCAGCGCCCCGGCUCCAAGAAUCCCGGGAUCCCCUUCGUCCCCGGUCCCCGGGAUCCGGCACGGAUCGGGGGUCACCUUCCCGCGGGAUCCGCUCACGGAGCCGGAACCGGAUCCCUCAGCUCCGGAACGGGAUCCGACAGCGUCUACGAGCAGGGAUCUGGUGACGGGGGGGUGUGA